GAUUGGCAGAGGAACACUACAGAUUACAAUUCACAAUCCUUGGGAAGUCCCAAGUCCAUUCAUGAGAUGGCAUAGUUUUCUACCAUCAAAAGGCACUCGCAUUCUCAUUGAACCUGAACAAAUCAUAAAAUAUCCUGUCGAUGAUAACGAUUUUCUGUACAAAGUUUCAUCUGCCAAGCAAUGCUUCAACACAACGGAGAAAACAUUGGACUAUUAUCGAUAUUAUACACGACAAAACUGUUUAAUGGAGUGCUCCACCAAAAGAGCAUUGCGAGAAUGUGGAUGUGUUCUGUUCUUCAUGCCGCACAACAAAUCGACAUACAUAUGCUCUGAUGAAUACAGCUUCUGUGCGGUGGAUGUUGCAAAAGCCACUCAUUAUGACACGGGUGAAAAGAAAUUUGUAGAUUCUUGUGACUGUUUGCCAUCUUGUAACUACACAGACUACAAGGUGAUAUCUUAUGAACCAGUGAAAGAAACCGGAAUGUUUGACGUGUAUCACAGAGUUGAUAUUGUAUUUAGGAGCGACGUUUUCCAUCCAAAAGUUCGAACCUACACAUAUAAUAACAAUGUGAUGAUGGAUGCAACUGUUGUCUACUUGGAUGCAUUCCUAGGCAUAAGUAUAAUGACUGUAGCCGAAAUAUUCUACUACAUUUUGUUGUAUGUUAUUGAUUAUUUGAAAAUCAAGAUACAGCUAAUGCUUGAUGGACUAUACAUGUAA